UUUGCAUAUAAUGUUUAAUAGGGUAACCACGUUAAAUAAACACAGUUCCUCACAGGAGCUUUAAAGAAAUACUUCACACUAAUUUGAAAGACUUUAUUUCCAAAUGAAAUUACGAAAAUAUUCAAAAGUUUUGUACAAAAGGCAUUAAAACAUAGUGGAUUAGUCUCAUCUUUUGCCAUAUUGGAUUGGUUUUGAAACCUUAGAUGUUACUUUGGGCCAUGGGAAGCUGUCCGAUUUAAUUAUUUAUAAGGUUUUAGUUUUUUGUGGACUAAACAAAUUUCAGCUGGAAAGAUGAAAAAGUGAAAGCUCCUGACAGGUUUGUACUCUGUUGAUGCUUUAAAAAUUGAACCGUUGCAUUUUGCUGUGUCCUACAGAAAAAAGGACAGUGACAUUUUCUGCUGGAGGUACAGUAGUUGGUUUUUUUUUUCAAGAAUCACCAGGUUUGAAAAGCUGCUGAAAAGUUCAAUAUGAGUCAAGGAGGUUCAUUGUUAAUUUAACUUCUUUGCUCCACAGACUCAAAUCUGAGGAAUAAUUCAACAGAGACGAUUUUCUUUUCUCAUGAACAAAUGAUGAUCUCUGAAACAAGAGGAUGUGUCCGUGGCUGGAUGGAAGUAUUUUUGUGAUGUUGUGCAAAAAAAAUAAUCGAAUAAAAAAGCUAAAAAAAGAGGGUUCAUGUGAGAUUGCUUUUUUCCUACCCGAGAAAAAAAAACCCUGAGAGGAUCUUUUUAUUUUAGACAAUGAAGUCUCCACUGACCUUUCCUGUCCUUGCCUCUGCUCUAUAAGCUCAGCCUGUUGACAGCAAUGUGAACCUGUGCUUUAAUGUACAAUCAAACACACACGUGGUAAAUCCUGACCUUCCUGAUUUAACACAGUCCGGGCUGCAGGGUCACCGUCAGUGUCAGGGCUGAUUUAGAGGGAGCCAGCAAGCAAGGGGGCACCCCUAAUCCUUGAGAUAAAUCUGCAGCAGCUAAGCCACAAUCAACCACAAUGUUUGGAUCAACACGGCGAUGCAAAAUAUCUUUAAUUAGGUUAGAGGCAAGAGACUAAGUAGAAGCUGCAUGACUUUUGAUUUGAUUUUUUUUUUUCCUGGUGGAAUCUACAAGUGGUGGUUAAAUUUUUUAAACAUUAAACAAUUUUGCUUUAAAUGUAUGUUUGCAUUUUGAUAAUGUUAAAAAAAAGGUUUUACAUUUCUGUGAAUGUCCACAUUUCACUCCUCUUACAGCACACUUAAUUCGCUCAUCAGAAAUUUGUUCUGACGAAUAAAACAAGUACAAACAAAUAUUGUGUUUGUUGAUUUGUUGAUGAGAAUAAAUCCAUACUAGCCUGAAUAUAGAGUAAUCCUGACAAAAAGAUGACCUCUCUACACUUUUGAUGACCAGAUCUUGUUUUUAUAAUUAAAACAAUUGAACUAACAAUAAUGAUAAAACUUAUUAAAUGUUUUUUAAAUUAUUAUGUCGCAUUUAAAUCAAUUAAACAUGAUCAUGGGAGUAAAUGAAGAGCUUAUGGUAUCAGUAUUUUACUGUCAUGAAGAUUCAAAUAACUUUCGGUUUAUAGAGCCUAGUAAUAGAGAUACACACAUUUCAAGACACGCUUUUCAGACAUGAUAAAGAAAUAAUCUUUUAUAAUAAAGGCAAUAGAAGAAGAAAACAGAGAAAAAAUAGCAAUGAAACUGUAGAAAAAAUAUGGAAGCCUCAUGAUGCCCUCCUCCUUGGUUGUAUUAUUUACGUGUUGAAUGUUGUGUUUGAAAAUUCAUCAAACAUGUGAUGUAACAACAGUUUCCUGUUGAUGGUGAAUCAAACAGGUGCAUCAUUUCUGUCUCAGCUGAGAAUAUUUAUCAGUGCAUUCGGAAACAACCAGGACAUACAUAUAAUCAUCCCAUCUAAAUAACCGUCUUUAAUUUAUUCUUACAAGAAAACAACAAACGUGUUCCUCAAAUGAAAAAAAUAAAAUGUAUAACAUCAAUAAUAUGAGCCAAUAAGUCCUCACAAAUAAACCACCCCGGACAUAGCCAGCCAAUUUAGCGAGCACGGAUCUAAUUCUAGAUUUCACCCUAAUCAAAAAAAAUGUAAUUAAUUAAUCAGAUAAUUCACUGCCACGCAUGGCAGGACACACAUCUGUGCAGCCGUAAUGGGGAGGGAGAGAGAGGAGGCGAGCGGAGCAGCUCUGGUGCUUCCCCGUAGCUCACUCGUCAACACUGCUGGAAUCCAGAGCAGCUUUAAUAAAAGGGUCCAGCUCUCCCAGACGCUCAGAUAACCUCUCUUCUACUGUACGGCUGCCCUCAGCAUGUGAGUACAGUGCAGUGUGUCGAAGGAGCCCAGAGAUCUGAGGCUGUCUGAGGUAACAGAGAUGACAUGAGGGAGGCAGCGCCUGUACAAGGCAAACAUAAACUGUGCCACUUCAUCUGAAAACAAUGGGGGACAGGACACUGAGUGUGCUCUCAUCCACAUCUCCAUUGUCUGCCCUCCUCUUUUACUCCUCCUCCGAGCAUGGAGCAUAAGCGGGGUGAAAGAGGGGAAGGGGAGGGGAGGAGAAGGGGGAGAAGCAGUGGGGGCAGUGGGGGUCUGGCUGUGUUCUUUCUCCUCUGUCUGUGUGCGAAUGCACAGACGGUUCAGUAGUAAUUUGAUGUGUGUCCCUGGGGACAUUUGAUGGAUUAAAGCUAAGCAGCUCCAUUUCGCAGCACCACCUGAUCUUCCACUGCCUGUGCCCCAUAUAAAGGCUGGCGUGAUUGCUGAUCUCAGCUAGUCUGACAGUCUCUCUCUCCCUCCUCUCUCUGUCUGUCUCCAUCUCUUCUCUUCCUCACUGGUCCCUUAAGCCUGCUGCAUCACAGGAGCUAUCCAGUGCUGAACAGGAUCGCUUUUAUUUUUUAUUUUUUUAUUUUUCCGGGGGAAGCUGGGGGAGCCAGAGAGUAUCACACAGCAUUGCCGUCAGCCUUGUUCUCCACCGGUUUCCAUUUUCUUUCUUAUCUUAUGUUUUUGGCCGUUGUCUUCACAUUAACCGCAAGGAUUACCGUCAAGCCAGCUCAGCGCGCCUGCUUCCUCAGAGGGUCUCUUUUAUUUUCGCUCAUGCGUUUUUCUCAGCUCCGUGUUUUUAUCCAUUGAACCAUGCCCCGCUCAUUUUUGGUGAAGAAGAUCAAGCUUGAUGAUUUCUCUUCGUCCAAUGUGGCCACCUCCAAUCAUCACCACCACCUGGACGACUCGUUCACUUUUGCACGCUCCAUCACAGACUCGGUGACCAGCCUUGGGGUCCGUCUCAGUGAGAAUGGUGAGUUAACAUGCCUCCAGUCUGCCUGGUUAAAGAUGUGUAAGCGCUCCUACCUGUAGACAGCUCCACUGCUGAUUUCAGCAUGCCUGACAUUUCCACACUUAGCACAGAUGGCAUCCUCUUUUGUUUUUGUGUCGGGUGAGAUUUUCCUCAGCUUCAGCCAAUAACAUGCUCAUAGUGUGUAAAUUAGUGUGAGACGUUACACGCUGCCAGCUGAUUUUUGCAUUAAUAUCCUCAAUAAUCCUCUCCACUGGCACCCCACCCCCAUCACCCCGCUCCCAGACUUUUGUUUUUUGACUCCAGUGAAGGACAGACACAAUUCAGGUCACAGUCGCGGAUUAGCUUAUGUAAAUAGGGAACAAAACGUGUGUAUAAUCAGGAGAAGCUCCGGUUACGUAUUUGUAUGACUGUACCAAUCCUGUAUUGGCUGAACAGACAAAUGCUGACUUUAUCUGGCCAUCAUGUGGACUAAAAAAUUCAUGAAUAUGAGAGAUGAGUAUCAGAUGAUACAUUUGUCCUUAGCUGUUAUUGUCCUUGAGUUCCCAUCACGGUCCGAUCCUCCCUUGCCCCCCUCUUCCCAUCCAAAUGGAGCAUGCACAGUCUCCCCACCCCCAUCGCUCCACUACAUCUUUCUCUUCCUUCCGGGCAUUCGAAAACUAGCAGGGGUUAGAGUUUCAGCCGUACAGGCCUAUCGUCGCCACAAGAGACAUCAACACACUGUACAGUAUGGCCGGGAGGGAGGUGGGGAGCAAAGGGAAGGAGAAAAAGGAGACAAAAAUGCUUGAGGCAGCAAUGAGGCAGAUCACGUGAUGGAGGUUGUACAGUAAACAUGAAGAAAGGCACAUAGCUGCACUGUGGUCAGCACACGGCGGGCCGGCCACAGGAAGCUCCAGUCUGAGCCGAGAGGCGACCUUCACUUUCACGCUCUGCUUUAAGCCUGUCGCUUCCAUUUUGUGGCCACGUUUAGGGACCAUAUGUGUGUCUUUGUUGUGAUUUGUGGGGUUAUUUCCACAGCAGAGAGGCUUCACAGACUACAGCUUAGUGCUGUGAUGAUGCUGCCCACCUGUUAUUCAACCGUGUCUAUAACAAGGCCAAGCGAAUUUUAGACAGAGCGGGAUUAGUGGAAUUAAGAGGAAUAUCAGGACUGUGUGCUAAACUGUCACUGCUGCUAAAUUUAAACAACUAACUGGAUAAAGAUGAAGAAUUAUGACAGAGAUACAGAAAUAAAUGCAUUUUUAAUAAGCCUAACCAGGCGUAUUUUCAGCUUGGGAUAAAAGCUGUUAACAUUUCAUACUGCACGAUUUUUACAUUAUCAGUAAAAACAAAUCCAUUUUUAUAAUUACCGUCACUCUCUAUUGUUCUUCGUUCUAUUGUUCAACACUAUGAAAAAUGAGUGUUAUUUAAGGGAGAGAAAAAGAGAAUAAACAUUUCAUUGGUGGAAGGAAAAGGCUGUUCAUUUGAACAAAAGAUUAUUUUCAUGCUGAGUCAAAAGGAAAAAAAAAAUCAAGGAUUUCUCAGCGCGGCUGAAAUGCCUAACCAUCAGCACUUCUGCCGCGCCAGCAGAUUUUCUUUCCCCCUAUUGUGGAGACAUUUGACUUGAGUGUCUGUCGAACAACAAAGAGGGGUGGCUGAGAGGGUCCAUUAAUUACAUGCUUACUUUGCAUUAGAGGAAUGAGUCUAUGAGCUGUAAAGGCUGAGACAGCGCAGGUCCUAAAUGAUGAGCUCCGUGUCUGACCUUGGGUAAUAGAAACAGAGUAAACAAUGCUGCUUACACACGUACAGUUUGUUAUGUUGAAAAAAGGAUCCCAGUUAAAUUAAAGGCCACAUUGUUGUGUUUAAUAAAGAGGCCCUUCAGCUGUUUUUACUCAAUAGUGUCACUUUUUAACAGGUGGAUUUAGCAGGGAAUAGAUAUUGAAGCUGCUGCAUUUGCACGAUUGUUGAAGAGGUUUUUAUUUCUGUUGGAAAAAAGGAGAUUUUUUUCUUUCUUUAUCUUCUUUGUUAAACAACGAAAGGGUUGAUAUCUCUUAACAAAACCCAAUCAUGGUGCAGCAGAAUACUGUGUGCACAGACCUGCUGCUUCCCUGUCCCUGGGUGUCAUGGCCAUGUCUUUGACAGAGUGUGUGUGCGUGCGUGUGUGUGUGAACAGAACCCCUUGGGAACAGGGACGCUGUAGUAAGAGAGCACUUCAACUGAUUUCUUAAUGGCCUGUUUCUUGGAGGCUCUUCAACGUGCUCCCUGCUGCACACAGGUGACCCUCUUCACAAACAAUGUGUGUGAGGCCAUGCCUGACAUUAUCAAGCCUCAAGCACACUGUACUCCAUAAACUGUUAUUGUGUGCCGCAGAUAUAGAUACUUGAUCUGUUCCUCACACAAUUCUCUGCAGCUCCUCCGUCCCAACAGCUGCACUAUUUUACAUAUGAUAGCCUAUUGAUCACUUCUAAACUUUGAAUUUCAUUAAAAAGCAGUCAAUAACUAAUUUCCACUGCUUGCUGCACACAGUGCUUAGGAAUGGCUUUUUUUCUGCACUUAUGCACUAUUUCUCCCAAGAAAGGAGUUUCACUGGGUUUUAUCCUUACACACACAUGUUGAACCUAUAGAAUGUCAACACUUAAGGUGGAAUCCAUUUAGUAUUUAUUAAGCUCCUGAUAUUCACAGCACAGAAAUGUAUUGAGUGCUGUUAGCUGCCAGGAAGCCUUUUAGCUCCUCUGGCACCGGGCUGCUUUGGAGGGAAAGAAAAGACAUGAGUGAUGCCAACAGAAAUAAAUAUAUCUGUCUGAAAUCAUGCUCUGUACAGUUGGGCUGCAUUUAAAUGAGCUCUGCUACUUUGUGUUUUGUGGCAUUAUGCUUGGGGAAGAGGGAUGGAUUCCUGCAGGAUGUAAGCAGCAAUGUAACAAGUUUAUCUGGUCCAGAAAAGGUAUCUGUUUGCAAUGAAAAAUCAUUUACAAAUCAGGUAUGCAAGAUGUUUUGGAAAGUGUUUCUGAAAAAGUACCUGCCAAAAUAAAAGUGUAAAUAUUGGCCACAAUUCAGAGAUGAAACAUGAUUCGGAUGAAGAUUAUUAGGCUUCAUCCACGGAGGACUGACAUGAGAAACGGGAGGUCUCAUAAAUAAGACUCAUUUAUUUAGUAGGGGCUUUAAUAUGCACCUACUCACACAGGAGAUAUUCCUAAUGAGCUAUUAUCUGACGUUAAUCUUCAUGUAGAUUUGCAAUCCCCCUGAAUGUAGCCGAGCACAAUGUGCCUUCCUGCAUCACUUCACUAUUGUGUGAACAACCUGUGAGUUCUGGAAAAAAAGCAAUUAGCUCUGUGCUGCCACUCACUCUUUCACCGUUUCUACGCAGGGCAAUCAUCCAGCAUGAUAAUCAUGUAAUCAGCAGCAUGUCACUGUGUCCUUAUCCAUCACAACCCCUGGCCAACUGUGUUUGCGUGUGUCUCUUACCCAGGCUACAUCCAGGAUUACAUCACGCCAUCUGUAUACCAGGAGGAGAAGAAGAUGGAGCACAAGUUGGCCUCGCCGGUAUCGGACCCCCUCUACACCCAGGUGAGCAGCGGAGGGGAGUACUGCGACCCCGACCUGAAGCACCCGGACAGCCCACAGUCUGGCAUGACGGCCAGCGGCUUCUACAGUGGUGAAUCGGAGGCCCUGGCCGAGGGUUACACCAUGGAUGCCUUCUUCAUCUCUGACGGGCGCUCAAGACGGAAGGGUGACAGCGAGAGCAGAGGAGGGGGCUCCAGAAGCAGCAGUGCCAACGCCGGGGCUCAGGAGAGAGGGGUAGCUGGCACGCCUCGCCACACCUGCAACGAGUGCGGCAAGACGUACGCCACCUCCUCCAACCUCAGCAGACACAAGCAGACGCACCGCAGCCUGGACAGCAAGAUGGCCCGCAAGUGUCCCACCUGUAACAAAGUGUACGUGUCCAUGCCUGCGCUGGCCAUGCACAUCCUCACCCACGACCUCAAGCACAAGUGCGACGUGUGCAGCAAGGCCUUCAGCCGGCCGUGGCUCCUCCAAGGUCACAUGCGCUCGCACACGGGGGAGAAGCCCUUUGCCUGCGCGCACUGUGGCAAAGCCUUUGCUGACCGUUCAAACCUCCGCGCCCACAUGCAAACACACUCUGCCUUCAAGCACUACAGAUGCAAGCGCUGCAAUAAGACCUUCGCUCUCAAGUCCUACCUGAACAAGCACUAUGAGUCAGCUUGCUUCAAGGGCUCUGCAGACGAAGACGACUCUGGAUCAGAAAACUAACGGCAAGGAAGAAGCAAAAUUUUGAACCUCUGUUUGUCGGUUCACAACCAAUAACCCUGUUCACUCUGCCCUCCAUGCCUUUUUUCUUCCCUUUUUUUAGAAAGCAAUAUUUUCACUGAGAUUACGUGAAGAAACUCUUAUGAUUAUGGCAAAGACAAUUUCAAAAGAUGCUGGAUUUUUUCCCUGCACAGUAGCUAAUCGUCCACAGAAACAUACAAUCAAACAACCUUCCCCCAAAUAGAGACUGUAGAUGAUAGUUGUACACAAUUAAGCAACAUGUGCUUGCACGGAUGUGGGCACAUGGAUACACACUGACAGACACACUGACAUGCACACACUCACACACAGACACACAAUGUACGCACGUGUGCUCACACUCUUACACACACAAUUAUUUAUGAGGCCUGGCAUGUGAAUUUUUAUCAAUGACUAUAAUGAUAUUGAUAUCAAUAGUAAUAAUAUUUAGAUUCCUGAUAUUUUAUAGCAAAUAGUAAAAAGAAAAAGAAAAAAAAACAUAAAAAAGGACUAACAGUGUUCUUUUGUUUUUUAGAGACAAAAUGACCUCUUGUAUUUUUAUGCUGCUUUUUAUUUGCUAAGAAUUGAAUUCUUUUGCAACUGCCAACAUGAACUUUUUAUGAAAAUGUGAACUAUGACAGUAUUUGCAAAAAAGGGAGAUCAUUUUAAAAUGGUAAAAAGACAAGCCCUUUUUUCCACACCAAUGUUUCAAUUCAACGGAUGUUAUUUUUCUAUUUGAUUUUUCUAAAUUUAUUUUUUUGUGCUUAUUAUCCCUUGUUGAUCGAAAUCAUCUUUGUAACUGUGGGUACUCAAGAAAAAAAAUAAUUUGAAUAAGCUAUACAAGAUCAUAGACCAUAGGUCAUACAAUUCAACUCUGCAAGAGCAGAGCUUUUUAAACGUCUAACAAGCCUGUUGAACAGGCCUUCACACGCUGUCUGAUCAGAUUCAUAGUCUCAUUCUGAUGUACAGACUUGGACAAACACACUGGGAGCCAGACCAAAUGAUCUAAAGUAAUAAGUGCCAUGUGUGGUCGACUCGUCUAUAGCAAUGAAAACUCUCGUUGUUCUUCCUCCACCAUGGUGGCUUGCAUUGACUCAGCUGCCUUUAUGGUGCAUCGUCCCGUCUUUAAGAGCAAUCUCCACCCAGUGUUUGAGGUGCUCCCCCUCCGCCUGUGUUACCUCAGAGUGAAGGUAUGGACUCACACACCCUCAGUUACAAAGUGACACUCAAACCCUUCUGUUUGUCUCUUUUAUAUGUCGCUCAAAGCUCCGCCCACGGUUUAGAUGCGUUUCAUCUAUUUAUCAUGUAAAUACUUUAUUUAUCAACCUAUUUAUCUAUUUAUUUAUUGACCUUAUUUUUGUGUAUUUAUUGAAUACUCGCCCAUUUGUUAUUUAUCAUGUAUUUAUUUAUUGUUUAUUAUUUAAAAAAUGAACAUCCAUUCACCUUGUAAGAUGCUGCUGAUCUUCAAAGAAAAUGUUUAUAUGCAUGAAAACUGUAGAGAGUCCAUGGGACUUAGUUUUUUUUAAAGAGGAACAAUGUACAGAAUCAGUGUUAGGAAACUUCAAAUGAAUGCAGAAUGAAGUUUUUUGUUUCUGUGGCAAUAACUUUACUGACACAGCGAUUGACAUGUAUAACAAUCACAGCCGUCCUGUUUUCAGUCGAUUUAGGGCAAUAAAAAGAGAAAUAAACUAAUGAAAAUGAGACACCAAAAUAGCCAUCAUCUUGCUGGUUUCUAAAAGUCCAAUGCCUCCUUGUUACUGGAGAUUCUUGCCCCUUUUUAGUCUUAAAAUCUCAGGCAAUAAAUAUACAUCAGAAAUGGCUGAUGUGCAUGUAGACACCGGCCCAAAAAUGAAACACCAUCCAUUUGUUAAAAAAAUCAGACAGCCAAAAAUGUAGGUGUAAUCUAGCUUCACCAAGGUUUUAAAGGUGCAAAAGCAAUAAUGUUGGUGAUGCAGAAAUAUGAGCAACACUCUAUCCUUUUUACAGUGAGUCCAAAACUGCUUUAAGUGUUACUUUGACUGGAAACGGCUGCUUUUUUAUAUUACUGUCAGUAUUAUUUAAACCACUUCUUUGUUUUUAGAGCAACCAGGUAAAAAUAAAUCUCUUCCGACAGCUGAAAAGGCAGGUAUGAUCUUACUAUUUUGCUCAGAGGGUUACACAACAGGAUAACAAUGAAUCUCAUUUAGGUCACUUAACAAAGCUCACUGAUGCUUCUAAAUCAUUCUCAACAGAGUCAAACAGCUGCAGGAAACAGUUAAAGAUUUAAGGGAAACAAACAUCCUCAACAGCACUUAUCGUAAGAUGUUGAGCCAAACUGUCUUGUGGUAGGAAAAGUUCUGGAGACAACUGUGGUAGCAUGCUGCUCUGUUACACACUUCAAACUCCCCAAUUAUUUGUCCUUUCCAUCCGCCACCCCCAAAAACCCAAUACCAGCCGCCCUCAUCCAAACCCAACUGGCCCUAAACAGACGCAGCGAGGAUGAGAUGUGCUGAAGUGGGAUUGGCGGAGGGUGGUGGAGUGUGGGAGGAUAACAGGUGUUUGCAGACAGACUGCAGAUAGGGAGCGUAAUUGAGUCGGUGAGCGACCUCCAAGGGGAAGGUCAAGCACCAGCAGGCAAAUGCACUGUCAGCUAUUUGCAUAUUCCAAAUGGAUGACACGAUCACGGUAAUGCUGAGCUCGCCCUAAAAAGAAAACAUCAAAAAAACAAAGAGGAGUUUCGCUCGGUUUAUGCAUCCUCUCCUCUCCUGUUUUGCCAUCAUCCUGUCAAUGGUCGUCUAAGUGCUCCAGCUGAAUCACUGCAUGAGAGCAUCUAAACCACCUGUCUCCUUAUUCACUUGCAGACCACACAGUUUGGCACGUUGCUAUAUUCUUGUAGCGGCGCAGAAAUCAUUACUUCCUAUAGACUCGUUUUUGUAUGUUUUUUAUGUUUAUGGAACAGAGAGAACCUGGGGACUGUUUUGAUAAGGCAGAUAAAAGCAAUGAGAUCAUUAAAAACAUCAAUUGGAAAAUGUUUGCAGGCUUGUAUCUCGAACUGGCAGCGUUACAGAUCGUCUAAAGAGAAAAUACUAAUUACAGAAAACGAGGCUUCUCACUACAGAUGUAGGGAAACAUUGUUCCUCUUUGAUGAUUUUGUAAAUAUAUCUGUAAAUAUACCACAGCAAUAAUAUGACAAUGCAUGUAGACAUUUAAUUGCUCUUUUUCUAUUCAUGUUGUCUUUUUUAUUAAAAAAAAAGACAAAUACAGGUACCAAUUGCAGUCUGGGUGGCUAUGAGAAUCAGGGAGUGUCUUGAUUUAAAAAAAGCUAUCUGUUGUAAGUUACAAACAAAAACUUCCAACUCUGUGUAUCCUCAAAGAUUUGAUCAUGUUCUGUAUGAUUUUUCUUUUCCUUUUCUUGUUCUCUUUAUUUAUGUGCCCGGCUUGGCUGCGCAAUGAAAAAGUGCCAAAAAGUAUGAUUUCCAUGACAAAAGCCUUCAACAUAUGGUUGGCUGCUUGAAAACCUUCCAUAUGGUCCUCAAAGAAAAAAAAACUGAUUAAGAUUUUCCACUUUCUUUCUUUCUCACUGUCUCUCUCUUUAUCUUUCUAUUUCUCUGUUCCAGCUGAGUAUGAAGAAACUUAAGCCAUGAUUGCUGAGGGGUGUUUUGAUUUCUCUUGUUCUGCUACAAUUAAUACUGAUGACAACAAUAGCAAUGAUAACGUUAAUAAAAACAAUAGCACAAGGAACCACUCA